AUGGCGGCACGAUCGUGUGCCAAACGUGCGCACCAGCUCACCACCUCGACUCUCAGCUGGGGCGUGGGGCCCUCUCGCUUGCCCACAACCUCUGCGUGCGCUUGCCAUUUGUUUACCACUUCCACGCCUGUUGCACUUCGCAACAAUGCUUCUGACCACAAGUUCAGCACGUCAGCAAGUGUCUAUGAUGAGUCCUCUUCUUCGGCAUCAGCUGCGGCGAAGAAUGCGGAGCCACCAAGCUCGUCGAAAACAGCGAGCAUCGGGCUCUUUGCUGGAGAAGACGCGAAUGCGGAACCCACAUUAGAAUACCUCGACUCACUCAAACCCAGAGCAAGACGAAUCCAGAGAGGAGAGCAGCGACCUAAAAGAGGCACCGUCAACCCAUUCGCAAAGUCCUCCAGCAACAAGAACAAUGCCGAAGACAAGCAAUGGGAGCGCACACGAGCCCGCAUCAACGCCUCCUUCACCAGAGACCAGCUCGCAUCGCUAGGAAGAGCAGCACGACUCCCCGGAAGCUACGCUAGAACCGUAAAGAAAGACGAUCUCGUCCGUCGCAUCAUGAUUCAUCGUUUCGGUAUGGAAGACGCUCGCGAAAGGGCUGAAAGAGAGAAGCGGGAGGAACUUGACAAACGAUCGGUACAUAUCAGCUUCCGCCCUGCAGAGCUGUACUUGUUACUUGCUAGAGGAUCGAAUCGAGUUCGACAAGAAGCCAGCAAAGCGCAGGUUGUCAUGCUACCUCAAGGGCCGGCGAAGGAGAAACAGCAAAGCUCUUCAGGCUCUGCUUCCACCGAAACCAAGCUCGGAUUUUGGAUCAGAGGCAAGGAUGAGGGCAUCAAACGAAUGACCAAGUGGGUGGAAGGGUUCAAGCAGUCAAUCAAAACCAAAGAGGAGACUAUUGUUCUCUUCGCCGAGGCGCGCAAUACAGAAACGACCUCAGAGACUGGCUUCAGCGAAGUGCUCCCCGCAGAGCUGGUGCGCUACAUCUCCCAGCUCUCGCGGUGCUUUUUGGAAGCCAGCCCGAUUCAGCAUGGUAAAGUGACACUGUCGCUCGCGUACCUGGAUGAGCGAGAUGCUGGAAAGGCCGUGCUACUCUUGCGUCAGUAUCACGCCGAAGCUGCCAAAGCCAUCCACCGCAUUGGCGCAGCAGCAUACAGCGACAACUUCAGCAAUUCUCGAAAAUAUUCGAUGCUUCCGUUCGUGCCCAACGAGCCAACACCAUGGAUCAAGCAGGCCGACGACCUUCUGUACGGCUCGCACUCGGACUUCUCGUUCCGAGUCUCAUACGUGCCCGAGUUGAACGCGUUUUCGAUGCUUUCGACGACCAAAUUUCCCGAGAUGAAGCUCAGUGGAUGGAGCCAUCAAGGCGAGUUGCAGUUCGUGGAGCCUUUCCGCGCCUUGAUCGAAUCUGCCACUACCCAAUCCGCAGAAUGUGAUGCAGUGGAAUGCAGCGCUGAACUCGGUCACGUGCUGUUCGAUGCUGGAGGUCUCACGCUUGCCGAUGAAGGUCUGAGCGAAGAAGAAAUUGUCUUACGCUUGCAAGACCCACUCGCAGCACCUCUUUCUGGCAGCUGGCCGAUCCAGUCUGCCCUACAUUGGGCACGUCAAUUCCACACGCGGUUCGGCCGCGAGGCCUCCCGCUUUGUACCCAGCACACUCUUCCGAUCGCAGAAGAACUCCUCGCUUGACGUUUGGCUUGAAAGACAAGGUUACAUGCUUGCAACAAGCGAGCAGGGGGCUUUACCCAGUGAACGCUUGGUUUUGGUGUACCAGCCGGCUGAUGCGGGCUACUUGGGACAGAGGAGAAAGCUAGAGAUUGUGCUGGUUCGACAGCAGAACGAAUCGAAUCUUGCCGAAGCGGCGAAAGGAGGAUGGCAGAUCCACCAGACCAGAUGGGUUUCGGAGGCACAAGCAGACCUGAUGGUGCCUGAUAAGGGUGCAGAUCUGAGGCUUGUUGCUAAGACGUCAGUCGCACUCGAGGCUGAAGAGCUGGCCGCAGUGGAAAGCGGUCUGGCGUCGUGCCUAAGCCCUCGCCCCCAGUCUGCUGCUGCUAAGGCGGCUGUGGAAGAAGUCGAAAGUGGCGGAGCUGCCGGAGAAGCCGAGGUUGACGAGAUGGAACAUGUCAGAACCGAUGUUGAUGCCGUUCUAGGCGACGAGACUGAAGUUGUGGAGCGAUCGUCCACCUCUGCCCCAGAGGCUGAGUCGAUGUCGACAUCCAACCUUUCAGCGAAUGCCGGAGUGAUCCGACCGUCGACGCUUGACCUUGGCUCAGCGGGCAAAGUGGCGUUGGAAAGCGUGAUGAGGUCGACCGUGCAGACGUACGUCCAACGCUCUGCUCUCCCUGUAGCAUCUCCUUCUCCAGAGCCUGACACUGUCUCUGAGCCGCCAACUGCGAUUGACGACUCGGCUACUACACCAGCAGUUGACGUUGUCGAGCAACGACCCGCCUCGCCAGAAACGGGUGCUGUCUCCACGACUCCGUUCGCAACAACGAAGCAAGAAGGAGUGAGUGCCCAAGUAGCCCCUGUAUCCGAUGCAUCUACGCAGCCAACUGCAACUUCGGAAUCAGUCGCAUCCGCUUUCUCGCCGAUCCUCAUCCGUGAGAUCUCGCAAGACAGCAUCACCAGACUCACCUCACAAUCGCUUCGCAUCACGUGGCGUCUACGCGCAUCAUCCGAACCAAGCGCGCCCGAAUGGACUUCAGUCGUAGAACCCAUCUCGGCGCUAUUGGAACAACACGAUUUGUUCACUCGCUAA